CACACACACACGACAGACACCUCAGCUGCAAUCACAGUGAUGGAAACAGAAGCAUUGCGGGACUAGCUGCGGUUGCUGCGGCGAAGCUCUUUGGAAAGAAACAAACUUCGGGAGAGAAACUGAACUUCCUCCCGCGUGAAUCACGUGAGUCACCCAGAGGGUUGUUACCGGUUCACUGUCUGUCUGUUGGUUGUACAGGGAAAACUCUGCAUUGCCGCAGGUGACGCUCACCUAAAGCUCUCUCAUCGACUGAAUUCAGAGAGAGAGAGAGUCUAGAAGAUACAAGGUGUUCAGACAGAGGCAACUGAACAACUGUGGGCAUUUAAUGCGCAGUAAACCGGAUGCUAUCUCUCUCACGUCCACUGGAGAUUUGCUGGCAUUCGCGAUGAUAUGAGCGUGACUACCGGACGCUGAGCAGCGGAAUCCCUCAUUGCUUCCUUUCUUCUCUCUCUCGCUCUCUCUUUUUUCUUUCAAUCUCUCCCUCUCUCUCUUUCUUUGCGGGUUCACUACACAGGCUACCCGCCAGUUAGCCGUUUCAGCACCUGGAACCAAUACAUGGGCGGCUCAGAUUCAGCACCUUGGACCAGCGCAGGACUUCUGCUACGUUUGUUCGGGAUACUGGCCCGGUUGACCGUGACGGCUGAGCAGGAAGGAGAGAAUCUCUCCGGUCUGUCCACCAACCCAGACAAAGACAUCUUCGUGGUUCGGGAGAACGGGACCACCUGCCUCAUGGUCGAGUUCGCUGUCCGCUUCACGGUCCCCUUCGACGUCCUCGCGAUCAACGGGAUAGACCUCAUCACGGAGAAUGCGUAUCUGGCUCUGCCUCGCGGGGCAGAUAUUGAAGGGAAAUGCGGGAGCCAGGACGCCGAUAUACACAUCUCGUGGAAGGAUAAGGCCUACACACUCCGCAUCAACUUCGUCAAGGAAACCCGUGACAAGGGAGAUGAGGUGUGGAAGAUUAGCAAAUUGCAGUUUGUUUAUGACACCUCGGAGAAAACGCAUUUCAUCAACCCAUACAACCCUGGGAAGCACACAGCCAGCUCCCACGGUCUGUCAGCGUUAGUGACCCCUGCUGGCCGCUCGUAUGUCUGCGAGGCUAAGCAGACACUCACCCUCAUCUCCAGUGACCACCAAAAGGGAGUGACUGUCGCCAUGAGUGACAUUCAGAUCCAGCCCUUCGACAUCACCUCAGACUUCAUGUUUAGUGAAGAUACUCUGAUCCUGGGCUUCAUCCUGGGCCUCAUCAUUGUUAUCACGCUGUCCGUCUACCACUUCCACCUCAAACUGACCGCUGUCACCCAGCCACAGCUGCCCCGCGACCGGUCCAUGUACAAGAACAUGUAAGGAACUGGACAUUGAAAAAACACUACAUGACAACUCUCCAUGGUCAAGGAUAAUACAGUAGAACAACAUUCCAAGACUCCCCAUGUUCAAAGCAUCUAAGGAAUCAAACAUUAGAUCAACAUCGACACAUGACUCUCCAUGUACAAGGGUAAUAGGACAUUGAACAAGCACAACAUGAUGUUCAAGACAUGUAAGGAAUCAGACACUCAGAUCACUACGACUCUCCAUGUUCAAGGAUAUAGGACAUUAAAAACAAGACGACAUGACUAGUCUCCAUUCAAGGAUAUAAAAAAAAUGGUACUAGACUACGAUUAUAACCACAACGCUCCUGCCUCUCCAAAGUCAAACCAAUGUGACUUCCCUGCUCUGAACUCCGCAUAUAUUGGAGAGUAGGCCAUAACUUUACGGAGGCCUAACUUGUGAUAUGGCUAACUUGAGAUACGUGUGCGUAAUUUGGGAGCGUUCUCGUAAAAUCCUGCAUUGAAGUCAUUUGGAGACUUGCGCAACAUUCGAUUUACGCACACGUUCCCCCCCCCCCCCCCCAGUUAGCAUUCCACCCCUGUGUGUUCUGUUGUUUAUAUGUCCAGAAAUCGCCGUUUUGUCGAGAAGCCUGCGCUUUUUGUCGUC